AAGCAAGUUUUUGGUUGUUUAUGUUCUGAGUGUUCUUAACUGUUGACAAAAAAAAUCGACAACAACAGCUGAGUCACUUAGCUAAGAGCCACUAGAUGGUGCUGUUUUUAGGCCAAUUUUAACGGUUUUAAAAUGGCCGACGAUUCAAAUUCUUACACACGGAUUCGACACAUAUUUGUUCGGGGCCCGUUCUCUGGUUCUCUGUGCUAGCAAGUCAAGGAAUGAAGAUAAUCCAGGAUGAGAUUGGGAUUGAAGUCACUGCUACAUUAUUCUGGACGGACUCUAAGAUUUGUCUUAGUUGGUUGAAUACUUGUGAGAAAUUGACAGCUUACGUUGGAUCACGUGUAACCAAGAUCAAGGAGAACGGUCAUGGACCUGCUAUGUGGCGUUGGAUUCCAUCUUGUCUGAAUGUUGCAGACUUGGCUACGAAGUCGUUUAAAUUUGAAAAUCUGACUGUUUGGUUGAAAGGUCCAGAAUUUUUGUAUCAAGACCGUAGUGCUUGGCCUCAAGAGUCGUGUAAUACAUUAUCCGAGGAAGAUUUGGUAUGUUUCCAAAAAGAAGUAGAAGCCGAAUACUUUAUAGGUUUGCAGGCGUUAAAUCAGAACUGUGACGAUCUACCAGACAUUUCUCGUUUUUCUGAUUUCAACAGGCUCAUACGUACUACUGCUUACUACCUGAAAAUGAAAAAGAUGUUAGCCUUACCAAGGGAAGAUAAACCUAAGUUCUUAAAAAUUGAUAUUCACGACAUGACUGAAGCCCGUAUUAUGUGGUACAAAAGAGUACAAAGAGAUAGCUUUUCUGAUGAUAUUGUGAGCCUUAAAGCCACAGGAUUUGUUAGAAGGUCUAGCAAAUUAUACAAAUUUUCGCCAUUCAUAUGUGAAGACGUUAUUCGAAUGAAAGGUCGAAUUCAAGAUGAACAUACACCUUUUGAAGUUAACAAUCCUGUUCUACUACCGAACAAUCAUGAAUUUACCAAACUACUUAUUCGCACUUUCCACAUAGCAAAUGGCCACCAAGGAAUUGAAACAGUAAUUAAUAAUCUUAACAAUCGUUAUCGCAUUCUGAAGUGCAGAUCCCAGGUUAAGAAGGUUUCAAGAGAAUGCGUACGUUGCCAAGAACUGCGUGGAAAGCCUAACGUUACCCAAAUGGGGAAUUUGCCUUCUGAAAGAACUACUCCUUUUGUAUAUCCAUUUACCAAUACUGGAAUUGAUUAUUUCGGACCUCUUUUCGUCAAGGUGAGAAGAAACCUUGAAAAGAGGUGGAUUGUCUUGUUUACAUGCCUAACUAGUCGUGCUAUUCACCUGGAGGUAGUUCCAUCACUCGAUACGAACAGCUGUAUUUUGGCUAUUCGUUGCUUCAUGGCGAUAAGAGGCAUGCCAAGAAAAAUAAAAACAGAUAACGGCACUAACUUUACCGGUGCAAAUCGAGAGUUAAAUAAACUUUACGGAGAAUUGGAUCAAAAGCGAAUAGAAGAAUCACUAAGUGUCAAAGGAGUAGAAUGGAGUUUCAUUCCACCGGGGGCGCCCCACUUCGGCGGUUGUUGGGAACGUUUAGUACGUUCUGUAAAAACAGGUUUGAGCGCAAUGCUGAAAGAAAGACAUCCUUCGGACUUAGUUCUGCGUUCAACGUUGUGCGAAGUAAUGAAUAUAAUAAAUAACCGCCCGCUAACUCACGUGUCAGAUAACCCUCAAGAUCCUGAACCGUUGACACCGAACAUGUUACUACUGGGACGUAAUAAUUUUAUGCAGUUUGAUCAUCAAUUCGACGAAAAGGAUUUAACCUGUAGAGCUAUAUAUAAACACGCCCAAGUUUUUGCUGAUCGUUUCUGGCGAAGGUGGCUCGUAGCCUACCGCCCGGAACUUAUCAAACGUACAAAAUGGUAUGAUAAUAGAAAAUAUCAUAACUUCAAGCAAGGAGAUUUGGUGUUGAUAAUCGACGAAAAUUUGAAUAGAGGAAGUUGGCCAAAAGGAAUAAUCGAACAAGUUUUUCAUGGUCCCGACGGAAAUGUACGUACAGUAGUUGUACGAACAGCACGAUCUUCUUAUACUCGUCCAAUCUCAAAAAUAGUUUUAUUGCAACCAAAUCUUUCCGUGGCCCCGGAGGAUGUUACGGACACAUGAUAGAGGGAGCUCUUGCCCUCUAUUACCCAAGAAUAGUUGCUAUGGCAACUGUUACUGAUUUUAAUUAAAAUUAAGGAUCGAAGCAGGCAGAGAGAAAAAAGAUAAUUUAAGAAAAAAACCGGAAGAAAAAACACGUGGUAUAGAAAGCUAAAAGAAAAAGGUUCUUCGAAUCGGCCACCGGCAGGUAAAAAGAACCCAGACGGCCACUAGCGACCGUAACUAACAUUUGGUCCUUCUCCCCCACCGGCAGGUAAAAAGAACCCAGACGGCCACUAGCGACCGUAACUAACAUUUGGUCCUUCUCCCCCACCGGCAGGUAAAAAGAACCCAGACGGCCACUAGCGACCGUAACUAACAUUUGGUCCUUCUCCCCCACCGGCAGGUAAAAAGAACCCAGACGGCCACUAGCGACCGUAACUAACAUUUGGUCCUUCUCCCCCACCGGCAGGUAAAAAGAACCCAGACGGCCACUAGCGACCGUAACUAACAUUUGGUCCUUCUCCCCCACCGGCAGGUAAAAAGAACCCAGACGGCCACUAGCGACCGUAACUAACAUUUGGUCCUUCUCCCCCACCGGCAGGUAAAAAGAACCCAGACGGCCACUAGCGACCGUAA